GACAUUGUGUCAGCGCUGGAGGACCGUCUGAGGCCACUGGUCCAAGCUGAGCUCUCGGUGCUUGUGGACGUCCUCCAUCGUCCAGAGCUCCUCUUCCCUGAGAACACAGACACUCGCAAGAAAUGUGAGAGCGGAGGAUUCAUAUCAAAACUGAUCAAACACACCAAGCAGUUGCUGGAGGAGAACGAGGAGCGUCUGUGCAUCAAAGUGCUGCAGACGCUGAGGGAGAUGAUGACGAAAGACCGGGGCUACGGGGAGAAG